AUGGAGAAGAAAAUGUUGCUCACAUUGAUGGUCUUUUCCUUGCUCAUGGUAUUAACAGGAUCUAUUGCUCAGAAGCAUGCUAUUGAAAUCUACAGCCUCCAUGCAGACUGCAAAGUCACGUCGCGAUUUGCUCACACUGUCAUCACCAGCAAAAUUGUCAACCGAGCUAACGAGUCCAGAGAGGCGACCUUUGAAGUGGAGUUACCCAAGACGGCCUUCAUCACCAACUUCUCCAUGGCCAUCGACGGUAAAGUAUACCCAGGAAUAAUAAAGGAGAAGGCUUCUGCUCAAAAGGAGUACGACACUGCGGUCUCACGCAAGCAAAGUGCCGGCCUUGUCAAAAUCACAGGCAGAAAACUGGAGCAGUUUCACGUGUCCAUCAGCAUUGCGGCUGCCAGCAAAGUCACUUUGGAGCUGCUGAAGCGGCAGCUGGGGAAGUUCGAGCUGUUGAUCAAGGUCCGACCGAAGCAGCUCGUGAAGCACUUCCAGAUUGAUGUGCACAUCUUCGAGCCCCAAGGCAUAAGCUUCUUGGAGACAGACAGCACGUUCAUGACAAAUGAGUUAACUCAGGCGCUCACGCAAGUGCAGAAUGAAACCAAGGCUCAUAUUUUAUUUAAGCCAAGUGUAGAUCAACAGAAGAUAAAUCCUGAACUCAACGAAACCCUCCUCAAUGGUGAUUUUGUUGUGCGUUAUGAUGUUAAGAGAGCUGCCACUGCAGGUGAUAUACAGAUUGUCAACGGGUAUUUUGUGCAUUACUUUGCACCCCAUGAAAUGCCAGUGUUUCCCAAAAAUGUCAUCUUCGUUAUAGACCGAAGCGGCUCCAUGGCAGGCAGGAAAAUUGAGCAGACGAGGGAUGCCCUGUUGAAGAUUUUGCAAGACCUCCGCCCGGAAGAUCAUUUCAACUUUAUCACCUUUAACAGCAGAGUGGUGGAGUGGCAGAGCUCUGUGCUGCAAGCCACUGCAGAGAACGUGGCGAGUGCUGCAGGAUUCGUGCAAACUCUUUCUGCGAGUGGAGGCACAGAUAUCAAUCAUGCCUUGCUGACUGCCGUGAGCGUGCUCGAUAAAGCUGAGAGGCUGCCAGAACGGAGUGUCUCCAUGAUUAUUUUGUUGACAGAUGGCCAGCCCACUUCUGGUGAGAGGAAUGUGGAAGUCAUUCAAGAAAACAUUCAGAAAGCAGUCAAUGGGAAAUAUGCUCUUUUCUGCCUGGGCUUCGGGUUUGACGUCAGUUACAACUUCCUGGAGAAAAUGGCCCUGAGCAAUGCGGGAAUAGCACGUCGGAUAUACGAAAACGCUGACGCAGCCUUGCAGCUCCAGGGCUUUUAUCAAGAGGUGGCUACCCCAAUAUUAAUGAAAAUUGAAAUGCAGUAUCCAGAAAAUGCCAUUGAGGGAUUAACCAAGAACAAUUUCAAGCUGUUUUUUGAAGGAUCUGAAAUUAUAGUAUCGGGAAAAAUUAGCAAUGAUCUUGAUCUUUUGCCAGUAGAAAUUAAAGCUCAGUCACAUGCUCAUGACUUGACUCUUAGAGAAGAAGCAAAUGUCAAAGAGAAGGAGCAAGUUUUUCAAAAUCAAAGUUACAUCUUUGGAAAUUUCAUAGAGAGACUGUGGGCUUACUUAACCAUUCAACAGCUUCUGGAAAAAUCUAUUUCAGCACAAGAGGAGGACCGGAAAACCCUGGAGAUGCAAGCCUUAGAGCUGUCUCUGCGGUACAGCUUCGUUACGCCUCUCACAUCCCUGGUGGUCACCAAACCUGCCGGCCAGCAGCAGACAGAGCUGGCGAACAAACCCACCGAAGCUGGUAAAUGGGGCAUCAAACAGGCCACUGGAAAUACGCUGCUGUUAUUGGUGAUUUGUUAUAAUGAGAAGCCCAGCAGUUUUCCAGUAGGAGCCAACGAAUAUCCACAGCUUCUCCUGCAAUUACCCAAACAAAAUGAAAUAAUCUGUUUAAAUACUGAAGGGAAAACGCAGCCCUCUGUCCACCUGCUGUCGGAUCCGGAGCAAGGACUCACGGUGACGGGGAAACUCGGAGACAGAAUAAAUCACUUUGUGCAGUUUGAAAUUAACUACGUGAAUCCCCCCGUGCAAAUCCAUGUCUCCACGGAUGAGAUCGUCUUAAGCCACAAUAACGAGAGCACCCGGCUGCCAUGGACAGAGUCAGCCAACUCCGCUGUCCAGGGGCUGAGAGUCUCAGUUGAAAAGGAAAGGAGCGUUACAGCAUCGUUGUCUGAUACGGUCACAGUAAAAAUUUCCUUUGUGAAGUUUCCAGACGAUUUCCUUGGGCUGUAUUUCUUGAACACCGACCACUUUUCUGACAAAGUCAGUGGAGUUCUGGGUCAAUUUUAUUCAAAAGCACAAUUUGAGAAUAAUUCCAACAUCAAUCAUGGAGCAGGUGAAAGACUCCUCAGUGUGUCUGGAUCUGAGCACAAAGUUACCAGGCAAUACAAGAAAGAUUACAGGCUUGGGUCAACCAGUGAUCCUGUUCCCUGCUGGUCAAUAGAUGUAACUCCUUAA